CCCCCCAGUACACACUUUAAAACACACUCGGAGAGACGCACACACAAACACACGCUCGACUGAGCUGAGCUUAAGGACAACUGAGUCAAUAUUUGACAAGACCUCAACGGACCGUACGGGAGCAGAAGACAGAAGGGGGAAAAACCACUGCGAGUUUGUCCUUUGAACUUGGACACGAGGACUUGGAGAAGAAGUUUAUUUCCUUUUCUACAGGUGGAUUCCAACUUUCCCUCCGGGCUCUUGAGUCAAACAAAGCAACGGGGAUUUUCUUUUUUCUCUUAUUUAUUGCCGGACUUUUGGACCUGGACUGGGCGAGAGGCGCAGUGAGAGGAAGGAGAUGGGGAGAUGGACGCUGCAUCUGUCAGCGGGGCUUUGGCUGCUAGCCGUCUUGCUGACCUGCAGUUGUGCCCAAGACAACCCCUGCUACGCCGUCAGGGCCGGGACCUGUUCAGAUUGCCUGCAGGCCUGGAAAGACUGUGCUUAUUGCCCCGAGGAGACCUUUAAGGGCCCUCGCUGUGACCUGUACGAGAACAUAAUCGCCCACGGCUGCAGUGCUGCGGCUGCAAUCACAGCUGAAGGCAGUAUGACGAUAGAACGAAAGCAACGCAUCGACAUGAAGCUCCAGCAGUCCCAGGUGUCUCCGCAGCAGGUCCGCAUGAGCCUCCUGCCGGGAGAGGAGAGGGAGGUGGAUGUGGAAGUGUUCGCUCCGACCAAAGGCCCCCUGGACCUUUACAUUCUCAUGGACUUCUCCAACUCCAUGGUGGACGAUUUGAACAACCUGAAGAGGAUGGGCACGCAGCUGGCUAAUUUGGUUAAGGAUCUGUCGGACGACUACACCAUCGGGUUUGGAAAGUUUGUGGACAAAGUGGUCGAGCCCCAGACGGACAUGAGACCCUCCAAACUGAAGGAGCCGUGGCCCAACAGCGACCCACCGUUCGCCUUCCAGAACGUCAUCAAGUUGACCAGCGACGCGUCAUUCUUCGACAGUGAGCUCCAGAAGGAGAAGAUAUCUGGCAACCUGGAUGCCCCUGAAGGAGGCUUUGAUGCCAUACUGCAAGCUGCCGUUUGUGGGGAUCAGAUCGGCUGGCGUGGCAACAGCACGCAUCUCCUGGUCUUCUCCACCGAGUCGUCCUUCCACUACGAGGCAGACGGCAUAAACGUGCUGUCGGGCAUCUUGGCGCGCAACGACGAGGGCUGCCACCUGGACGCAGAGGGCAAAUACACAAAGGACACACAGCAGGACUACCCUUCAAUACCCACACUGGUCCGUCUGCUGGGCAAACACAACAUCAUUCCCAUCUUUGCUGUCACCGACCACUCCUACACCUACUACGAGAAACUCCGAGAUUACUUCCCCAUCGCGGAAAUCGGUCGGCUGCAAGAAGACUCGUCCAACAUCCUGACGCUCAUGCGGGCCGCCGUCGAGAGUAUCCGCGGUAAGAUGAGCAUCCGGGCGGAGGACAAACCCAAGGCGUUCGUCACAAACUUCUUGGACACCCGUGGAAGAGUUGUACAGUACGGGGCCUUUGAUUUCAAGCCUGGCGCAAUAGGCAACUUUAAGAUGAAGCUCUCGGCCCAGCAAAUGGUCGGAGGUAAACCCGUCUGUCAGCAGGAACUGCCCGGAAAACAGGGGCUAAUCAGAGUCAAACCCACCACGUUCAACGCUGCCGUCAAUGUUGACGCUACAGUUCUGUGUCCGACAUGCGAGUGCGAAAAGUUUGCCAUCCCUGCAGCAGCCAAGUGCCACGGCAACGGAGACCUUGUGUGCGGGAGAUGUCACUGCCAUCCCGGCUGGCUGGGCAACCUCUGUAACUGCUCAGCAAGUUCUGCGGCUCAGGACACCAGCCGGUGUUUGGGUCCGGGUAUGACCGACCCGUGUUCCGGCCGUGGGGACUGCCUGGAGUGCGGGACCUGUGUGUGCUACAAACCGGAUCAGUUUGAAGGGGAAUACUGUCAGUACGACAGGACAGAUUGCAAAAGAUAUGGCGGCUUCCUCUGCAACGACCGCGGCUCUUGUAUUCGGGGUCGGUGUGCGUGCAACGAGGGCUGGAUGGGCGAUGCCUGCGAGUGUCCCAACAGCAACGCCACCUGUCUGGACAGCAAGGGCGGCAUCUGCAAUGGCCGAGGAGAAUGUGUCUGCGGACUCUGUAAGUGUCCUGAGUCUGAUAUCGCUUUGACUUCGACAUGUGGACCAAAUUUCGAGGCCCAGGUGGGUAUUUGCGAGGGCACGAGGGCUUGCGUCCAGUGUCAGGCCUGGAAAACAGGAGAAAACAAGGACAAAAAGGAAUGCGACAAGUGCCCCUUCAAAAUUGUCUGGGUGGAUGAACUCAAAGAAGAAAAGGACGUGCUUCGUUCCUGCAGUUUCCGCGACGAGGAGGAUGACUGUACGUACCACUACCAUGUGGAGGACUGGAAACCUGAUUCCAAAGUUAAAGAGAUGCAGUUCCAGGUGCUCAAAAAAAAAGAUUGUCCCCCUGCCAGCCUCCUGUGGUUGCUCCCGCUCCUCUUGUUCCUCUUGUUGCUGCUGGCACUUCUGCUGCUAUGCUGCUGGAAAUACUGCGCUUGCUGCAAAACGUGCUUCCAGAGCUGUCUUGCCCUGCUGCCUUGCUGUAAGGGAGGUCGUAUGGUUGGCUUCAAGGAAGAUGAAUAUUUGCUCCGCCAGUCGCUGCUCACCUCAGAUCAUCUGGACACGCCGAUGGUGAGGACCGGCCCACCCAAAGGAACCGAUGUGGUUCGCUGGAAGGUCACAGAUAACGUGCACCGAUCCCCCAAUCACCCGCAGGCUCUGACAAAGCCCAACCCGAAAGAGACCAUCCAGUUCCCGAUCUCUCUGCGGCUAAACAGGCUGUUCACUGAGAACCUUUCUCGACCCGAGACCAGAGAUGCCGAACAGCUCCGCCAUGAAGUUGCCGACAACCUAAAUGAGGUUUACAAGCAGAUCCCCGGCGCCCAGAAGGUGCAGAAAACCUCAUUCAGAAAGCAGAAAAAUGCCGGAAAAAGGCAGGACUUUGCCAUCGUGGACACCGUCCUUUCUGCUCCUCGCAGCAGCUACCCUGAUAUCGUGAAACUCACACAGAAAAAUGUCCAGUCUGGAAACCUAAAUGAUCUCAAAGUGGUGCCCGGCUACUACACUGUGGCCACUGAUCGAGAGGCUGCAGGAGCCAUUGAGUUCCAAGAAGGCGUGGGGUCGGUAGACGUCCACGUGCCGCUCUUUGCCAAAGAGGAAGACGAUGACAAGAAGCAGCUGCUCGUGGAGGCUACGGAUGUGCCUCUGGGCAUCGCUGAGAUCGGAAAACGUUUCGUCAACAUCACCAUCAUAAAAGAGCAUGCCACCGGCAUCUUCUCCUUCCUCCAGCCGGCUUAUACCUACAGCAGGGGGGACGGAGUGGCCCACAUCCCCAUCAGCAAAGAGAUCCUUGAAGAGGGAAGCUCACAGGUCACAUACCGCACACGGGACAUCACAGCUAAGGAUAAGAAGGACUAUGUGGCUGUGGAGGGAGACCUGACCUUUGGUCCAGAAGAGACCCAGAAAAUUGUGCCUGUUCGUCUGCUUGAGCUGAGCGAGAAAGAUGGCCUCCUGACAGACAAACAGGUCAGGCAGUUUGCCAUUGAUCUUAGUAACCCGCGGCAAGGCGCCAAGCUGGGACGCUACCCAAGAACUACCGUCACCAUCGCAGACGAGCCAGAUCCCAGUGUGAUGAUGUUCAAAAAGGGCUCACAUAACUUCAGCACAUCUGAAGCACCCUACACCAUCCCUGUGGUCCGCACUCGCAACCAGGACAUCCCGGCCACAGUGAAAUGGCGCACCAAGAAGGCCCAGCGCUUCGAAUUAUCCGACAUUCUGAAGUUUAGUCCUGGAGAGACGGAGAAGAACAUAGUGAUCGACCCGAGGGCCCACCCGGGCCCAAUCCAACCAGAGACUAUACAACUGGAGCUGUUUGACCCGAGUAUCAACGCUACUGUUGGAGAGAGGAAGACCACCCUUGUCAAUGUCGCGGAUGGACCACAUUACAAACCUUUAGAGAUGGAGCAGGUACAGAAUAAAAGCUCCAUGAAAGGCGGUCGCCUUUUAUCUCCAACUAACCUUAAGGCCAAAGCUACUGGACCCAGAAACAUCCGCCUCAACUGGGACGCAGGGUCUGGGAACCCCGCGGGGUACAAGGUAAAGUAUUGGAUAUACGGCGACCCAGAGAAAGACGCCAAGGUCUUAGAUGUGAAGACUCCCCAAGCUGAGUUGACUGGCCUGUACCCCUAUUGUGACUACGAGAUGAGAGUGUGCAGCUACAAUGCAUUGGGUGAUGGGAGCGAUACAGACAUGGUUACCUGCCAAACACUUGAGGAUGCGCCUGGUGAACCCGGACGUCUGGCCUUCAAUGUCAUCAGUCCGACUGUCACUCAGGUCAGCUGGGGAGAGCCUGCAGAGACCAACGGCAACAUUACGGCUUACGAGGUCAUCUACACACCCAUCGAUGACGAACAGAAGGCGGUGGGCCCUGCUAAGAAAGUAAAGAUCGACAACCCCAAGAAGCGAAUGCUGUUGAUUGAGAACCUCCAGAGAGCUCAGACCUACCAGUACAAGGUCCGUGCCAUGAACAGCAUAGGCUGGGGCCCCUUCAAGGACGCCACCAUCAACCUGGCAUCACAGCCUACCAGACCGAUGUCCAUUCCCAUCAUUCCUGACGUCCCCAUUGUGGAUGCAGAGGCAGGAGACGAGUAUGACGGCUACCUGAUGUACAGCAACGAAGUGCUGAGGUCCCCCACAGGCUCUAAGACACCGAGCGUCUCUGGUGAUGAUUACGCAACUAAUGGGAAAUGGGAACAGAACUUCCUUUUCCCUGGGGGAUCAGCGACACGCAACUUGUCUUCGUCGUCCUCUCCGAUGUCCACUAUGGGCUCAAACUACAAAGGGGCAGGCGGCUCCUUCGUCACCGACACGAACACCACAUACAUGUCAGCAGGAGGCUCUCGCAGAACUGACAUGAUCCGAGGAGGCAUGCACUCAUCGGAGGUCAUCAUGAGGAAGCGCUCGGAGAACAGGAGUUACAUGGACGAAAACAUCCGGGACUCUAUCGUCAUGGGAGACGUGUCGGGCAAUUUCUCAGAUAUAGGUGGGUUCGGCUACGCUGGGAUGCAGAGCAGCUCUCAGAGCCAGUUCGGCUACAGCCUGUCUGGGGGCCCGAGGGCCAGGACCGAGUCUUCGGACGUCAAUGACGCCCUGUACAAUCUGGACAGGGUGCUGUAUGAUGCUCGACUGUCUCCGGGUGUUCCAGACACCCCCAGCAGACUGGUGUUCUCUGCCCUCGGCCCCACUGCCCUCAAAGUCAGCUGGCAGGAGCCCCGCUGCGACAGAGAGCUGCAGGGCUACUGUGUUCUCUACCAGCUACUCAAUGGAGGCAAGAUGAACACUAUCAAUGUGACGAACCCAGGAGAGAACUCCGUUAUCAUCCAGGACCUGCUGCCCAACCAGUCCUACCUAUUUAAGGUGAAGGCUAAGAGCCAGGAGGGCUGGGGUCCAGAGAGGGAGGGGGUCAUCACCAUCGAGUCCGCGGUCGACCCCAACAGUCCCCUCAGCCCGAUGCCAGGCUCGCCUUUUACUCUGAGCACUCCCAGUGCCCCGGGACCCCUGGUCUUCACUGCGCUGAGCCCCGACUCCCUGCAGCUCAGCUGGGAGAAACCCCGGAAACCCAACGGAGACAUCUUGGGAUACGUAGUCACCUGCGAACAGCUGCAUGGCGGAGGAGACGUACGGUCCUUUGAGGUGAAUGGGGACACUGCUGAAACCAGUCUUACCGUCCCGAACCUGACUGAGAACAUCCCCUACAAGUUCAAAGUUCAGGCUCGAACCACGCAGGGCUUCGGCCCCGAGAGGGAGGGCAUCAUCACCAUUGAGUCUCAGGAUGGAAGCUCCUUGUCUCAGUUCAACAGCCAAUCAAUGCUGAGCAGGGAAGUUUUCCAAAUGCCAACAGAGGUCAGUACGCGGAUGAAUGUCUCCCACACCAUGAUGGACCCCUUCUUCUCAGAUGGGGCAAUGAUGACCACGCAGCACACGGAGACCAGCGGCAUGGUGACUCGCCAAGUCACCAAGGAGGUGGUUCAGCGGAGCGUCAUGGGAGGAGCCACGGUCACUAAGAAGAUGUUUUACGAAUCGUAAGGUCUUAGUUAACCAAGUGUGUGCGCAACUAAACAGCCAAAGGAUCCACCACACUGUGAUUCUCUUUUAAAAAGAGUCGGCCUUCAGAUUACGCCGGUGUCUGUUUCUACAUGUGUGAGGCUAGAAGGAGAGAGGAGGCCGUUCACGUUUACAGACCACGGCCAGCUCCCUCCCUGGAUGAGGAUCAUUUUAACAUGUGCGGCCGGUUCUUACGCAUAUCGUUUAGGCUUCUUUUCACACUCAACUUGCUUUGCUCAGGUGACCCUUUUUCGUAAGGACAUUUGGUUGGGGCCCAUUAAUAAACACAAUUUCUUUUUUUUUCAGUUUUUCUAUUUUGAUGCUUUUUUUAAAAAUGCACCCUGGCAUUAGUUUUUUGUUACAAGUACAACGACAUAUCUCAUCGUUAAUCAAUACACUUUGAUGGUGGUUCGUACCGCGCCGGCUUCAGUAAGUUCAGUAUUGCUGACUAUCAGAUAAUUACAUUUUAGACUGCGCCCCUCUGUGGGUCCAGGUUCGAUGACACACCGCUUUAAAUCAGCUUUAAAUCAAGGCCAUUAAUCUGACUGCGGUUCAGUAAUCCAGAGUGACCUUGUUCCCUAGUGUCCUUGUCUCCUCUGUCCUCCACCCGUCUGCAAGAGAUGUUUGUCUGUGUGCAAGCUGUUUACACUGUUUAGGUUAAAACUACCCUGGUUUUUAAACUUCACCGUCUACUGGAGAUGAUGAAAUGAUCGUCUUGAAAUCAUGUGUCAUAGGGUCCAUUGUAUUUUCAACCAAUUGGUUCUAUCCACCAAGAGAAAGCGUAAGAAGUGGAUAGAUUUGUAUUAUAUUAAGUGGGAUUUAAAAUAAUAAGAAAAGAUCCAAACAUAUUUAAUACUCUUAAAGAUUUAAGCGUUCAAGCCAAUUGACGCUAAAUGCCAAAUAUAUACGUGUUCGCUCAAAAACAGGUGGGUGCUUGUGUCGCUCGUUAAAUGCACAUUUCCAUGCCAACUGGAACAAUUUUACAGUACGGGCAAAUGUUUAAAAAAAAAAAUCAGAUGUAAAAUGUUUCUUUGCAUUUUGUAAGAUAUUUUAUACUUUAUGUGGUAUACACUGCUUCAAAUUGGUACUUCUCACAUGCUUCGUUACUCUGCAAGGUCAUUGUAUUUUGCAUUUUUGAUGGAUCAACAUCUGAACUGAGAGUUUGAUAUUUUAAAGAAAUGGCACGUGAAGACAGAAAGAUUGUAUUUGCCGUAUUUUAACUCCACAUUUUGUUGAGAAAGCUUUUGUUAAAGAUUAAGAGCCGGAAAAAAAACUGAACUUGUCUCCAAAAAGUUUUCAUGUACUUUUAAACAGCAUGACCUUAAAGUAUACUUUUUUUGUAUGUCAGCACUAUUGCAGAAUACAGAUUGGAAAUAAAUACAUUUGUUGAACAUUU